AUGCCACGGCGAAAAAUUGGCGCCGAUCUCAAGGAGGCGUUGUGUAAGCUGUACGAAGCGGGCGAUAUAAGCGCCGACACGAUCGAGAAACAUGGCAUCAUGUCGAGAGCCACCUUUUUCCGCAAUUUGAAAAUGUACAAGACAGGAGCAAGUCUCGAGCAAAGGUAUAGCACUGGUCGCAAGACCAACGCUGACAAGCUAAAACAGCAAGAGAGGCAACAGCUGGAUGCGCUUCAACCAGCACAUCUGUCGCAUCUCGAGCUGGUGUUGCUCCUGGAUGACGUAGAUAAGAGUGCUCAGGCAUCCACCGCUUUGCGCAAGAAAAGAAGAGGUAAAGAGGCGGCUGGCGGCUACAGGAAGAAAGAAGCUUCCAAGGUCUCCAAUAUCGACGACCCAACCCAUGAUCCGACACCCGCAGGUGAAGAUUCGGCUUCCGAAAGCGACGUCGAUGUGGACGAGCGCUCGUCCCUAGCGAACCAGCAAGCGCUCGAUCGCAUGGUUCGGGCCGCACGCUCCUUUAUUUCAACCAGCAACGGCGGCAGCUCCGCCGACAUCGACUCAUUGGCCAACCCUGAUGACAGUCACUAUUCCCACAGCAAUCGCGGUGGACUUUUCGUAGUAAGAUGCAGAGGAGACAACGAAAGUCGAGAUGGUGAUGCGAGCAUCGUUGCGGCAGCGGCACUUCGCUCGCUCAUCUGGACACCAGAGAUCUACCAAGCUCUGGGGCGCAGCUAUGCUAAUCGCAGUAUCGACAAGAUCUGCAAUCUUGCCCAAUUGCACGUCGAUCCAGCGUGGCGGCGAAAGGGCAUUGGUCGAUGGCUCGUCCGAGUUGCUGAGCUCAAAGCAUCCAAGCUAGGCUUCUCUCAGCUCUAUACGCAAUGUGACACCGACAAGAUAGAGUUGCUUUCCUUCUGGCGAGCCACUGGCUUGAAUGAGUUUACCCGCUUGAACCAUGUGGCUCGGCUGGAAAAAGCCAUCUUCAGCGCGGCCGCCGCGUCCUCCUCACCGCGCUUAGCGCAUUCAUUGUCUGUAACGGCCCGGAUGGAGCGAGGUGAUCAAGAGCCCAGCUCGCGUUCAAACUCCAAAAAGCGGCGCAUAGACACAACUGAUCUACGAGAUGGGUACCAACCGGACUCGAAUCCGCGUCCAGAUAUUCCGCAGGGAUUCCAAAUCGACCCCCAUAUUCCGUUGGAUCCGUCCUUGUCACUUUCAAGCCCAUCUCGGACGUCGGUCCAGGCAGCAGCAGCCGCAACAGUGGGUGCUUUGAACGAUGUCGCCUUUCCAGCCUCAUCGAAGCCAGCUUACCCCGCUUUGCCAGCAGCUCUCGGCGUGGAUCCAUCGACUUUCUCCGCGCAGCUAGACAGCUAG